CGACGUCGUCAUGGUCCGCACACGCUUUCUUAAGAACACAACUCAGAGCCAGUUCUUAGUGUAGAGCCGGCGACCAACCAAAAGGAGUCAUCUUUUUCUCUCAUUUCAUCUCACUUUCUCUCGUUUUCUAUCUGUAUCUUUAGAGUGUUUUAAAUUCUCAUGUAAUGUAUAUAAAACUCUGAAUGCUUCAAUCAUGCUUGGUCAAGCUCACGACUUGGUCUCUUUCUCUCUCUAAAGAUUUUUGCUCUGAGUUCUGAACCAUUCGGAGUGAAGUGGUCGAUCCCAAAAAGGCAUUAUAUCAUACAGCUGACUUGUUUUCUAGGGGCCUCUAUUGUUAUCCUUCGGACAUGGUCCGAUCUUUGCUGAUUUAGGAUUCGUGAUACCUAGAUCUUUGGUAGUAUUCAAUUAUGGCAUCAAAAUCAUUCAAGGCCAGCCGAUCAUCCUUAUCAACAACCUCAGAUGUCUCUGAUUCGAUCCACAACAAGCCUCCCCUGCCUCCAACUGUGACAUUUGGCCGAAGGACAUCCUCAGGCAGGUAUAUAAGCUAUUCAAGGGAUGAUCUUGAUAGUGAACUUGGUAGUGGUGAAUUUAUGAACUACACUGUACACAUACCACCUACACCUGACAACCAACCUAUGGAAGGCUCCAUGGAUCCAUCCAUCUCACAGAAGGUUGAGGAGCAAUAUGUGUCGAAUUCGCUCUUCACGGGUGGAUUCAAUAGUGUGACACGAGCUCAUCUCAUGGACAAGGUGAUUGAAUCCGAAACCAGCCAUCCCCAGAUGGCUGGCGCAAAAGGAUCUUCAUGUGCAAUUCUCGGGUGCGAUGCAAAGGUGAUGAGUGAUGAAAGGGGAGCAGACAUUCUUCCUUGUGAAUGUGAUUUCAAAAUAUGCCGAGAUUGUUAUUUGGAUGCGGUUAAAACUGGUGGUGGGAUUUGCCCUGGAUGUAAGGAGCCAUAUAAAGCCUUGGAUUUGGAUGAACUGGCGGUGGAAAAUGGGCGUCCGCUUCCACUUCCACCACCAGCUGGGAUGUCAAAAAUGGAGAGGAGGUUGUCAUUGAUGAAAUCGACAAAGUCAGUGCUGAUGAGGAGCCAGACUGGGGAUUUUGAUCACAAUCGAUGGUUGUUUGAGACAAGGGGGACUUACGGGUAUGGGAAUGCUAUUUGGCCAAAGGAUGGGGUUUUUGGGAAUGGGAAAGAAGAUGAUGCAUCUGAGCCUCAAGAGUUAGUGAGCAAACCUUGGAGGCCACUCACACGAAAAUUAAAGAUACCUGCUGCUGUUCUGAGCCCAUAUCGGCUUCUAAUCUUUGUACGGAUGGUAGCUCUUGGAUUGUUCUUGGAAUGGAGGGUCACGAAUAAAAACGAGGAUGCAGUCUGGUUAUGGGGGAUGUCGGUGGUUUGUGAGAUUUGGUUUGCCUUCUCUUGGCUUCUUGAUCAACUGCCCAAGCUCUGUCCUAUUAAUCGUUCCACCGAUCUUAAUGUUUUGAAGGAGAAAUUUGAAACACCUAGCCCCAACAACCCCACUGGAAAAUCUGAUCUCCCAGGCAUAGAUAUUUUUGUCUCCACUGCUGAUCCAGAGAAGGAACCGCCUCUUGUCACUGCAAAUACCAUCUUGUCCAUCCUAGCUGCUGAUUAUCCUGUUGAAAAGCUUGCUUGCUAUGUUUCUGAUGAUGGAGGUGCACUGCUAACUUUUGAAGCCAUGGCAGAAGCUGCUAGCUUUGCAAACACAUGGGUUCCGUUUUGCAGAAAGCAUGAUAUUGAGCCAAGGAACCCAGAAACUUAUUUCAAUUUAAAGAGGGAUCCUUAUAAGAACAAAGUGCGGCCUGACUUUGUCAAGGACCGUAGACGGGUCAAGCGUGAGUAUGAUGAGUUCAAGGUGAGAAUCAAUGGCUUGCCUGAUUCUAUCCGUCGCCGAUCUGAUGCAUAUCAUGCUCGGGAGGAAAUCAAGGCAAUGAAACUUCAGAGACAGAAUAGAGACGAUGAAGCUGUGGAGACUGUGAAGGUCCCUAAAGCUACUUGGAUGGCUGAUGGAACCCAUUGGCCUGGGACUUGGAUGAAUCCUGGAUCCGAGCACUCUAAGGGUGAUCAUGCUGGAAUAAUACAGGUGAUGCUGAAACCCCCGAGUGAUGAGCCUUUGCAAAGUACUGCUGAUGAUACCAGACUAAUUGACCUCACUGAUGUGGACAUUCGUCUCCCCUUGCUUGUUUAUGUUUCCCGUGAGAAGCGUCCUGGCUAUGAUCACAACAAGAAAGCAGGGGCCAUGAAUGCAUUGGUUCGAGCAUCAGCAAUCAUGUCCAAUGGUCCUUUCAUUCUCAACCUUGACUGUGACCACUACAUCUACAACUCCCAGGCCAUGAGAGAAGGCAUGUGUUUCAUGAUGGACCGGGGUGGUGAUCGCAUUUGCUAUGUACAGUUCCCUCAGAGGUUUGAGGGUAUUGAUCCAUCUGAUCGAUAUGCAAAUCACAACACUGUUUUCUUUGAUGUCAAUAUGCGUGCCCUUGAUGGAUUACAGGGCCCAGUCUAUGUUGGAACUGGAUGCCUCUUCAGAAGGAUUGCCCUUUAUGGCUUUGACCCACCUAGAUCAAAAGAACACCAUCCUGGUUGCUGCAGCUGCUGCUUUUCUCGUCGCAAGAAGCAUGUUAGUGUUGCCACUACCCCAGAAGAGAACCGAGCCUUGAGGAUGGGCGAUUCUGAUGAUGAAGAAAUGAGCCUCUCCCUUCUUCCUAAGAGGUUUGGAAACUCAAAUUUCCUAAUUGAUUCAAUCCCAGUGGCAGAGUUUCAAGGCCGUCCCCUGGCAGAUCAUCCAGCCGUGAAGAAUGGACGGCCACCUGGUGCUCUUACCAUUCCUCGAGAGCUUCUUGAUGCAUCAACUGUUGCAGAGGCAAUCAGUGUCAUCUCCUGCUGGUAUGAAGAUAAGACUGAGUGGGGAAAUCGUGUCGGGUGGAUUUAUGGGUCUGUUACUGAAGAUGUGGUUACUGGGUACAGGAUGCACAACAGAGGAUGGAAAUCUGUUUACUGUGUCACCAAGAGGGAUGCCUUUCGGGGAACUGCUCCCAUCAAUCUCACUGAUAGGCUCCAUCAAGUCCUCAGGUGGGCUACUGGCUCAGUUGAAAUUUUCUUCUCCCGUAACAAUGCUCUCCUGGCCAGCCCAAGAAUGAAGCUUCUGCAGAGGGUAGCCUACCUUAAUGUCGGAAUCUACCCCUUUACCUCAAUCUUCUUGAUCGUCUAUUGCUUCCUUCCUGCACUCUCUCUCUUCUCUGGCCAGUUCAUCGUUCAGACCCUCAAUGUCACUUUCCUUACCUACCUCCUGGUUAUCACUGUGACCCUAUGUAUGCUUGCUGUGCUCGAGAUUAAAUGGUCUGGAAUUGAGCUUGAAGAGUGGUGGAGGAAUGAGCAGUUUUGGUUGAUUGGAGGCACUAGUGCUCAUCUUGCUGCCGUUCUUCAGGGGCUACUGAAAGUCAUUGCAGGGAUAGAAAUAUCCUUCACCUUGACAUCCAAAUCAGGCGGUGAUGACAUUGAUGAUGAGUAUGCAGAUCUCUAUGUUGUCAAAUGGACAUCACUGAUGAUUCCACCAAUCACAAUCAUGAUGACCAACUUGAUUGCAAUUGCAGUUGCUUUUAGCCGAACAAUAUAUAGUGUGUUACCUCAGUGGAGCCGUCUGCUAGGUGGGGUUUUCUUCAGCUUCUGGGUCUUGGCUCAUCUCUACCCCUUUGCCAAGGGACUCAUGGGAAGAAGAGGAAGGACUCCCACCAUUGUUUUUGUAUGGUCGGGACUCAUUGCAAUCACCAUUUCCCUCCUUUGGGUGGCUAUCAGCCCCCCAUCAGGUUCUACCCAAAUUGGAGGUUCAUUUGAGUUCCCUUGAUAGGUCAUUUUUUUUUUCAUAUCAAAGUGAAAUUGUUUUCAGAGUUUCCUUUAUUAAUUCUUUGUACAAGUUGAUCAUGUUGGUGCACAGACUAGGUGUGUUUUAUUUUCAUGCCAUUUAAAUUUAGUGGUAACUUUCAACAA